AUGAUUAAGUUAAUGUGCUUGUUAGUUUUAGUCUCCGCAAUCGCGUCAGAGCCCACUUUCGACUUGAUACAGAAAAAACUGGAUUUAAUAUCAGGAUUAUUCAAGAAACCCUCGGUUGGUGUAUCGGUUAACGCUUUACCGCCGCCACCGCCACCACCAGCAUUUUACAACGCAGCACCUCCAGCACCAAUCUAUGCACCACCCCCACAACAGGAUGCAGUGUAUCUAGCUCCUCAGCCGGUGCAGAGUCAACUUCCGGCGCAGGAAAUUAUCUACCAAGCACCAUCCUACCCACAAGAACCGCUGCAGGAUCUGAGCUAUCAGGCACCAGCACCAGCACCCUAUCCAGCUCCUGCUCCCGCUCCUGCACCAGUCGCUCUAGCACCAGCUCCAGUGCCUUAUGCUGAAGCACCUCCAGCGGCCCCUCAAUCGCAGGGUUUCUUUAUACCUCGCGGUAUUGAAAUUCUUAUCGUAUGCCUAUUUGCACUACUGGCCAUUGUCAAUGCUUUUCCAUCGGAUAUGCCAUAUCCCGUAGGAAACCGAGGAGAUUUUGGCCGAGCACCAAUGAUGCGUCCAGUACGAUCGGCCCCUGCGCCUCAAGCUGAACAAGAAGACUUGGCCGCUGCCGACGGUGCAGCAAACAAGGAUGAUAUGGAGAAGUCGGAAUCGUUCGGUUUCGGAUAUUAUCACCACUAUCCCAGAUACUACCACUAUGGAUACACACCGUACUACUAUUAUCCACGGUACUACACCAGCUACUGGUGGUAA